AUGGUCACAACAACAGUGACAGUGUUCAAGGAGCCCGACUUUGAUGUCAGUUCUAUUGAAGUCAAUGAGGCGGGCACUCCUUGUAACCAUGGUGACUUAUGUUGCCGGCCAAACCUGGUCUGGAGCAGGAUUAAGGUAAGAGCAGUCUGUCUUGCCCUUAAAGAGUUCCUCAAUAUCUUCAUCACCUUCCCAAGCCAUCAUGGGAUACAAAGGAUCAAAGAGGGAUUUUAUGCAAUUGCAGGCUUUCCCAAUGUCCUUGGCUGCAUUGACUGCACGCAUAUCCAGAUCCAGGCCCCACCUGGACCUGUGGAAAGGGACUUUGUGGAUCGAAGGAAUAACCACAGCCUGAAUGUGCAGAUGAUCUGUGAUUCUGAGUUGCUCAUCACAAACAUCGAGGCCAAAUGGCCUGGCGGUGUCCAUGAUGCUAGGAUACUAAGGGAAAGCCAUCUGGCACAAAGGCUUGCACAAGGGGGGUUUGAGGGGGUCCUUCUCGGGGACAGGGGUUAUCCCUGCCUCCCAAACCUUUUAACCCCAUAUCCUGAGCCAAGGGCUGCAGCUGAGGCAGCCUUUAAUAAUGCCCUCAGCGCCACCAGGGCACGAAUUGAGAUGGUUUUUGGCCUGCUCAAGUCCAGGUUCCAGUGCUUAAAAUAUCUAAGGCGGGCUCCUGACCGGGCCUGCGACAUAGUGGUUGCGUGCGCAGUACUCCACAACAUAGCCACCAUCCGGAGGGAGAGGCUUCCACAGCUUCUACCCGAAGACAGAUGGGAAGAGCCUGCCCCUGUACAGGAACCCAGAGAUGGGAGGAUCCUGAGGAAUCUGUACAGGGACACCUAUUUCUUUUGAACCCAACCCCCCUAUUUUGUUAAAUUCCUUGUCAUGUCCAUUUAUUGAGCCUAGCCACUUUAUUCCCCCACCCCACAUUGUAUGGCCCAUUUUCACAAACAGUGCGUCACAAAGGGCUUCACAUAGCAACAUGACAUCCUCUACCCUUAGACCCUCACUGAAACAAGACGGAAUAACAAGACCAAAUGGCUUUUGAAUAUUUAUUGUCCUGAGUCACCAAGCUGGGGAGACAGAAUGCUACAGAAUUAAAUACUGU